AUGUCCACGCCCCCGAAUGGCCCCAACGGACCGCCCCAACAGCCGCCCCCUCCUCAACCGCCAGCCAUCCCGUUAACCAUGCACGGCGGCCGGCCGCAGCCCGCCUCGGCCCGUUCUGCCUUUAUUCUCGGUCCCUUGGUGCCCCAUUCCUUGGUCCCGGCCGCCCCAGGCAGUAGCACCACGCGCUUUGGCUCGCCCUCGCCCGUCCCCUCGUCCCGUUUUGCGUCCGGGUUUGGCGCUGGCUUCGCUCCCCCACCUCCUCCUCCGCUAAAUUUGUUCGGUUCGCCCUCACCUUUGGGUGCUGCGUGCCGCUUCGGCUCCGGCUCUUCCCGCGCGGGAGGUUUUUUUGCUUCCGGCGGCCCCUCCGACUCUCGUGAUACCUGCGGCGGUCGCUUCGGCCGUGGUUUAGAUGCUCCCCCUUCGUCUUCAGCGGCCCUUAACUCGGCCCGCCAGCUUAUCCGGCUGGGCGGGUUUGAGUUCAACUUUUCGUUUUCGCUGGCCGCCCCAUCCUUCGUCUCUGGCCCGGCCCCGUCUGCGCUCGCUUUUGGCCCGGCUCCUAACUCGGGUGGUGCUUGGGGCCAUCAUCAUUCUGUGUCUGGGUUUGGCGCCCCAAUGGCUUCCUCGCAUCAUCAGCAGCAGUCCGAGCUUGGUUUCGUCAGUGGUGGUGUCGGUUCCGUCUCCGGACGCUCACAUCGAACGCGUCAGUUCACGUCUGCCCCCUCGGCUCCGGCCUCUCAGUCGGCUGCUGCUCCACCUGGGUUCCCUUCUGCGCCGCCGCCCAGUUCCGCUUCGUCUUCUUCUCCCGGCGGUGGUCCUGGUCUUGAUCCUUGUCUGGGAGAUCUUGCUCGUGGUUCUGGCGCUGGUUCUGGUGUUUUUGGUCCCGCGGCGGUGGAUGUUCCUCCGCCCGUGGAAGAGAUUGCUGGGUCGCUAUAUGGGCGCCCACAACUGCACCGUUGGGGUGGAGGAUGGAGGUUUCAGCCGACGUUUAGGAUGGAGGCGUGGUUGAGGGGGUUGGAAGAGCUGACAUUGGAGGAUAGGGAGCCUCAAGCCCAAGGACAGGAAGGAGUGCAGAGACAGCAACAAUAUGUCAAUAUGGAGGAGGGUGUGGAUGUUUCUGCCCCGGCCCUGGCCGGGGAGAUGGAGCAGCGAGGGGAGAAGAGAGGUUUGCCGACCGAAGAUGAACCCGUCCCCACCGGCGCCGCCUCCGCCUCCGCCGACGUCGCCGAUGCCGCCAUGCUCCCUCCGUCCUCCGAGCCUGCUGCCGGCGCCCCCGCCGCCAAGCGCUCCCGCACUACUGCCGCCGCUUCGUCUUUCGCCGACUCCAUCCGGCGUGCCGUCUCCCGUGUGGGCCAGAACACGAUUGGUACCAUUGGAGUUAGUUCAAGGAAGCAUCAUCGCCGGGCGAAUACUGCCCUUGCAGGUGGUCAAGCACAAUCAGCUGCACUGACUGCAAACACACUUGCAAAAUUUGAUGGUUCGGAAGGAAAGACUGGGAGGAGAAGGGCUGCGAGUGCCGGCGCGGCGAGUAUCUUCUUAGGGGCUGCUGCUGCGACGGUGGUUACGGCGGGGAGUGUGAAGGAGAGGGUUAGGAGGGUUUUUGGUAGUGGUAGUGGUGGUGGUGGUGGUGGUGGUGGUGGUUGUAGUUCUGCGAUACUUGAGACUCAGCCGCACUUGCGGCGGCAGGAUACACCGUUCAGAGACAGGACGCCUGAACCGGGGGCUGCACUCGCGUUGGCGGGACGGUAUAAGAGGAAGAUCAAGAUUUGUUUAUUGGGGGAUGUGGGUUCGGGGAAGACAGCUUUUUUGAACCGCGUCAUUACUGGAGUGUAUAAUGAGACAACUCCCACUCAAGUUCCCGACCUGCGCUUCUGCGAGAUCGACGGCGACAAUGGCGACGUGAUUGGCGUUGAGAUCUGGGAUUUCCCCGGCCUAGUGACCAGCGGGAGCCCGGGAUCGCAGUUGUCGACUUUCUUUGAUGUUGCCAUCAUCUGCUUCAGCUUGGAGGACGCGGAGAAUGUUAAUAACAUUACUGAAAUUUGGAAGCCGAAGCUCGACCAUUCCCUCCACGACGGCUCGAUCUACCUCAUCGGCAUGAAGAAAGACCUGAGGCCCGAGUAUCCUCGCUUAGAGCUCGAGUUUUUGCCGGAUAAGAAGCCUGUCACGAAGGAGAUGGGCCACGAAGUAGCAAAAAAGAUCGGCGCCGAAGCUUACUUUGAGUGCUCGGCUAAAGAGGGUAACGAUACAGCCUGGAUCGUCGAAGCCAUUGUCCACCAAGUGUGUGACAUGCACGAUGAGCGCGAGCGCAAGCGCAGGGCGGAGCAGAGCCUCGGCAAUAGGGCCAAGGAGACGCUGUCUAAGGCGUUUAAGUUCGGCUUUGGGAAAAAGUGA